GCGAGCUGCAAGUACUGGAGUGGGUAAUAUAGGAGGGUACACCAACUGCAGAACAUGUCCUAUGCAAUGCAAAAACAUCGAAAACAAGGAUUGCAAGAUGGCUCGAUGGCAGAUUGCUGGAUAUAUUGGGAUCUUUGCUGUUUUAUCUAUUCUAAUUCUACCAAGCAGUUUGAAGUCGUACGAGGCUAAGAAGGCUGAGCUGGGGAAAAUGGAUACUCUGACUAGGAUGCAGUAUUCACAUAAAUCAUGUCCAUAGGCUUUUGUCACGCGUUGGGAGCGGAUAAACUAUAUAAAACAAUCCAUUCUGGAGCCAAAUUAGUUAGCAAAAUAAAAUGUAUUUUUUUUCAA